AUGACGAAUAUAUCGGCAGAUUGCGGACCCUACGGUAACGGCGAACAGGCCAGUGGACAGACGGUUGCAACCGCCCAUUCCGACUACAGCUGCGGCUUAUCCUUUGAUAGAGCUCGUCAACCUCUGCCGGACUAUGAUGAACGAUGGCUCACUGGCUACUCUGACGUUCAACCAACUGGUCCCGAUACUUCCAACGUCUUUCUAGAAGACCAGCUAGCCCCCCACGAGAGCAUUAUUCCCCCUGACGCACCCGAUGACACACUCUGCCCGACCACAGUACCCAAUACAAUCAACCGCAAUCGCAGUCGCCGACGCCGCACAGUUUUUGUUGUUCUACCACCCACAGCUCAGGAUAACAGGCGAAAACGGGCCACUAUUUUAUUUGUAUUUCUUUUUUUGUACAAAAAUACAAAGAUUUCCACAAUGCUUAUGACUCACAAUGAUUUCGUCAAAAAGCUGGACUACACCUUUGUAUCCUACCAUGGGGCUCGUCGUGUCGAGGUUUUUUUUCUGAACAAUAAGGCACUGGUCUCCGACCUGAAUGCUUCCAAACGUACUCUUGCCGUUUUCAGAUUUGUGGGCAAUCACUUUGAGCCUGAUAACACUUUUGAAUCGGUUUAUCUAACUUCCGACUGUUCACACCAAUAA